CUAAAACUAAUCCAUAUGUUUGGUUAGACAUUAAUGACAUUCCUGUUUGUGUUCUACAGGAUCCUGCUGACAUGCAUCGCCUGCCUGUCCUGUUAUUCUGUCCAUCUGCUGCUGCGCAGUGCUGGAGUUGUGGGUAUUCGUGCCUAUGAGCAGCUGGGCCUGAGAGCUUUUGGUCAUCCAGGGAAGAUUCUAGCAGCGAUCGUCAUCACGCUUCAUAAUAUUGGAGCCAUGUCCAGCUACCUGUUCAUCGUCAAAUCUGAGCUACCACUGGUCAUCCAAGCCUUUCUUGACCAGACAUCCAGCUCUGGGGAAUGGUACAUGAAUGGAAACUACCUCAUUAUGAUCGUCUCCAUCUGCAUCAUCUUCCCACUGGCCCUGAUGAAACACCUGGGGUAUCUGGGUUACACAAGUGGCUUCUCUAUCUCCUGCAUGGUCUUCUUCCUGUCUGCGGUCAUCUAUAAGAAGUUCAACAUUGCAUGCCCUCUGGAAGUGUUUGGCAACCACUCUGUGAACGCAGUCUUCCUGGAGGACACAUGCACUGCCAAAUACUUCACCAUCAAUCAAGAGACGGCGUAUACCAUCCCCAUCCUGGCAUUUGCUUUUGUUUGUCACCCUGAAGUGCUUCCCAUCUACACCGAACUGAGCAACCCAACCAAGAGAAGAAUGCAGAAUAUUGGCAAUGUCUCCAUCCUGGGCAUGUUCACCAUGUACUUCUUCACAGCCAUAUUUGGAUACCUGACCUUCUUUGGGAACACUGAAGCAGAGCUGCUCCAUACCUACAGUAAGGUGGACCCCCUGGACACUCUGAUCAUGUGUGUCCGACUGGCCGUCCUGGUGGCUGUCACUCUGACCGUUCCUGUUGUCUUGUUUCCUAUCCGCCGGGCCCUCCUGCAGCUGCUGUUUCCAGGGAGGCCCUUCAACUGGAUCCGCCACAUCGCCAUCGCCCUCUGUCUGCUGUGUGUGGUCAACCUGCUGGUCAUCCUCGUUCCCAACAUUCGAGACAUCUUUGGCAUUAGUGGGGCAACCACUGCUCCCUGUCUAAUCUUCAUCCUACCGGGCCUGUUCUACAUUCGGAUCAUUCCCACUGACCACGAGCCCAUGAACUCCAGACCAAAGAUCCAGGCUGCGUGUUUCACAGCAUUGGGUUUCAUAUUCAUGACCAUGAGUCUGACAUUCAUUGUGCUUGACUGGAUGAGUGGAGAGAAGCGAAACCUCGGUGGCCAUUGAAGUGCACCCCAAGCUUUAAAGCAAUCCCCUCAAGUCCUUUUGAUGGGAAGCCAGAUGGAAACAUACUGCUGAAAGGCACGGCUCUUUGGUGGGACUGUUUUUAUUCAUCAUAAGGACAACCCAUUCCUCCACAGUGAUGAGAGGAGCCCAGUCUUGUUAUGUAGACCACCAAGGUUCAAAUAUACGGCACCACCAGGAUCCAUCACAGGUGGUGCUCCUCUGUACAGAUGAACAACAUGUUGAUCAUGGAAGCCCCUCAACCAUUAAAAACCUCAACUGAGGAUAAAUGUGGUGUCAAGUAACAGCAACAUUCAAACAUCUGUUUAAUUAUCAGCAAAGUUUGAUAGCAAAAAAAGAAUUGAAUAUGCAGCGUGAAUUGCUUGUAGCAUACCAAAACUGUAUUGCUAAUGUGUGUUUGUGUGUGUACCGGUAUGUGUGUGUCUAUAUUAUUUACUGUUUAUCAGAGAAAUGCACACACCAAAUAAACAGCAUAAGAGGGUGGAACCCAGUCCUUU